AUGGAUGGCCAUGAGUACUCGCAGCUCGCUUCCAAAAUCCCUUGCUUUCUCACGAACAUGCAUGGCUUUCUGUCGAUCCAUGACCUUCCUCAACAACAGCUCCGGUUCACAAGACAACGUGAAAGACAAUGGCGACUCGCUGCCGCAGCUUGCCGCACGUGCACCCGUCUGACCUGGCCACCACGGUACGCUACGCAACGAACGCGCACUGCAACACUCAUGGCAACGUUCGAUGUUCCGACGAGAAGCUUUCCUGUACCUGAGAAGACGCGUACGUACCUCCGGAGGCAGCCGCUCAUUGUCUGCAUUCGGCUCAAGAGCUUCAUCCUGGACCAGUAUGCAGGCGCUCGAGAUGCACUUGAGGCGCAACGCAAGAGGUUGCUGACGCUUGCCGCGGGCCAUGGUGUUGAACUAACCGACCAGGAGAGCCAAACUGCCGCAAUGAUCAUUCAGAUCGUUGAAACUCUUCAGAAUGCGGGUCUACACAACUUCGAAAUCACCAUGGACAUGCCAGGAGUGGAAUGGGCACUCCGCUACCUUCACGAAACGAGAGGCACAAGCAUCCUCCUGGGUGCAGGCACUGUGCUCCACGCGAGUCAGCUGGAAAGGGCGAUCGCCUGCGGCUGCCGCUUUACCAUGUCGCCUGUGUUCCUACCCGGACGAUCUGAGCAACUCAUUGCUUAUGCUCGCGAGCACAAUGUCCUGUUCAUACCGGGUGCUGCAACUCCUUCGGAGUGCGUUCAGGCCUCGCUAGCUCUUGGGGAAUAUCAGCCUGUGAAGGUGUUCCCCGCUGAUGUCGUCGGUGGCCUGCGAUUUAUUCGGGCACUGGCAGGCCCCUUGAGUCAUAUUCCCCUGAUCCCAACCUCGGGCGUAACCUUUGACGUCGUUGAAGACUACCUAUCUGCAGACAAUGUGUACGCAGUUGGUGUGUCACAGCAGAUCCUUCCGACCUCACGUCUACUGGCUGGCGACUGGCCUCAGAUUCACCGUCUGGCCUGCGUUUGGCGGAAAGCCGUGGAGUCUGCCGCCCCGAGUCCAUGA